CGGGCAGUGGGACAAGGAGUUCGAGUGCAACAACAGCCAGAGCGGGUUCCGCUACUGCUGCGGCACCUGCUACUACCGCUUCUGCUGCAACAAGCGCGCCGAGAAGCUCGACCAGGGCCAGUGCCGCAACUACCAGAGCCCCGGCUGGAUCACCACGCCCGGCCUGCGCCCCGCGCCGCCCGACGGCAGCCAGCCCGACAAGUACGACCCGGCCAAGGACAGCACCAACGCCACGGUCUACAUCUCCUGCGGCGCCGUGGCCUUCGUGCUGGUGGCCGGCGUCUUUGCCAAGGUGGCCUACGACAAGGCGCGGCGCCCGCCCCGGGAGAUGAACAUCCACAGGGCUCUGGCAGACAUCCUAAGGCAGCAGGGGCCAAUCCCAAUAGCACACUGUGAAAGAGAGACUAUCUCGGCCAUAGAUACCCCUCCCAAAGAAAACACGCCUGUCCGAACAUCCUCCAAAAACCACUACACCCCUGUGCGCACCUCUAAAAGUAACCCAGGUCACUAUGGGAAGGAUAUUUAUCGAAGUGGAGGGCCAGAUCUCCAUAAUUUCAUCUCCUCCGGGUUUGUCACAUUAGGAAGAGGACACGUGAAGGAUGACCAAGAACAAAAUUAUAACCACCUGAUACUAAACAGUGCAACCCAGACACCUACAAAUGAAAAACCACGGAUGAACAAUAUCCUCACUUCCGCCACGGAGCCCUAUGAUCUCUCCUUUUCCAGGUCCUUCCAGAACCUCUCCCAUCUCCCGCCAUCCUACGAGGCUGCCAUCAAGACUAACCCAAGUAAAUAUUCUUCUCUGAAGAGAUUAACUGACAAAGAAGCUGAUGAAUAUUACAUGAAGAGGAGACACCUUCCUGAUCUGGCAGCACGAGGGACCCUCCCUCUCAAUGUCAUCCAAAUGUCUCAGAAACAGACCAACCACAGAGAACGGCCCCGCCGACCCAUACGGGCUAUGUCCCAGGACAGGGUACUGUCCCCUGAGAGGGUCAUGCCCGAGGAGUUCAGCAUGUCCUAUGAACGGAUCCUCUCUGAUGAACAGCUUCUGUCCGCAGAGCGCCUCCAUUCCCAAGACCCCCUGCUCUCCCCAGAGCGCACAGGUUUUGCAGACCAGUCCAUGUCGCGUGCAUUGUCGCACACAGACGUCUUUGUUUCUACGCCUGUCUUGGAUCGCUACAGAAUGACAAAGAUGCACUCCCAUCCCAGUGCCUCAAAUAACUUGUACAACACCUUAUGUAUGAACCCAACUUCCGCCAAGCGCCAAGCAUUCGCCUCCCGACGGCACAAUACAGUGGAACAACUGCAUUAUAUCCCAGGACACCACCACCAUUACCGCACAGCGAGCAAAACAGAGGUGACUGUUUGAUAUGACACUGUGCAUUGUAGAUAAUCAGUAAGGACUGGUGUGACCCCAGCACCCCAAACUGCAGUGGCCUUACAGGCCAAGAUAACCUCUAACUGAGUGUCUGAAAAGACUUUUCCGACAGUCAUAUCUGCAUUGUUUUUAAAACCAUUCUCAUGUUGUUGACAUAAGAAGAAAAAAUGAGCAAUUGGAGAGAAUCCCCAACACGCGCCAGUUUCUGUCAAAGAAAGCCAUAGCAGUAGGUGGCACCUUCCAAGGGCUUAUCUGCUGUAACUCAUUCGGUUUUAUGAAUUUAGGACUUUUAAACUUCAAUUGCUCCAAGUCUCACAGAGCCCAUGGUAGGUUUGCAGCAUCCUAGCCUGGCAGGAUGGGGCCAUGUCACCAUUUCUCACACCAGCCCUUUUGGCCAGUACUGAAUUUUUCAGUGACUACUUAUAUUGCUCUUAGCUGCUAAUAGUCACAGUCAAGCAUUAGAUGCUAGGAUGUCCCCCAGAUAGCUGUUGUUCUUCCUGAUUUAAAAGUCAAAGCUUACUAGGGGACUGUCAGAUCUAGUGACACAAUUAGCCUAGCUGAUAAAUGAAGUCUUGUUUCUAUUAAAUAUACUCAUAAAACAGAAAUAUAAUAGUGCCUACAAAUCGCCUGCUCUCUCAGUGUAGGAAGUAGUGGGGUUGACGUGUCAAUAAGCACAGUUAUGCUGAAAUGCUCGUUAGGCCCUUUCUGCACUCAUCCUAAUUUCUGCAGUCUGUAAAUAGAAAACGGGUGGGAUUUCAUUGGUCAGCUUCUUGCCAACAUGAUGCCGAAGGCACCAAAACUCACCAUCAUUCCAUUGCUAAAAAGCACUUUGGGUGAAACACUGGCUCUGUUGAAAUGGUAAAACUCCCAUUGACUUCAGUGGAGCCACGAUUUCACCAUCCUAUUAACAUCUCAUCCCAGUCCAAUUCUUCAGCUCUGUUUCUGAGCCUAAUUAUUCCUCUCAGUGACAACUGAGGACUCACCAUUUCAGAGGAAUGGCAAACCCUCUGCUAAAUCUGUUUGAACAGAGACAGACAGAAAAGUUUGUUUAUUAACCCAAAUCUAGAUGGAUAUUUUCCAGUCAUCGUCUGAGCAGACAGUUACAUUUCAUGUGCAUAAAUUAUAUAUCCAACAUAAUUAUACUAACUGGGCAUGUUGUAUAUCUGAUGUAUAAUACUGAUUAGAUACAGAGUAUUUGUAAAUUCUUUCAAAAAUAGACUCAUGGGUCCAAAAUUUGUGAAGUGUUUUGUAUCUCAGCCUGUAUUUACAUUCUGUAGAACUAAUUCAAACUAGGACAUACCUCUGUGCACUGGGAAGACUCUCAGAGCUUUCAAAAGGCAGGUCAGCAUCCCAGACCAAGUGAUGGCAUCUGUGACCAUGUUAACGACCCUUCAACAGUUGCUCAAUAUGUCACACAUUCAGUUCCCAUCACAUGAGCACAUGUUUUCCCAACUGGCCGAAUGGAGCCCUCUGCCUGGAUAAGGUCAUGAAUGACUUCAGAUUUUAAAUACACAUCUUAAUAAUUACUAAUUUAACUAGCCCAUCUCUCUGCCUUUCCCCCACAUACUCAGUAACUGCCCCUCCCUCUCAUACCAUAUAAAUGCCCCUCCAUAUCCCAUAAAUUGCCCGUCCUCUUACCCUGUAACUAGCUGUCUUUGCCCCUCCCCCACACUCCCCUUAAAUGACCCCUCUCUGCCCCUCCCCCACAGACCCUGUAACCGGUCCCUCUCCUAUUCACUUUAAUUAUCCCCACAUACCCAGUAACUCUUGCUCCUCCUCGUAACCCUCAUACCCCAUAAAUGCCCCUUCCCCCUCAUAUCCCAUAAAUGGCCCCUCCCACAUAUAUAGUAUAACUAGCUGUCUUUGCCCCUCCCCCACACUCUUCUUAAAUGGCCCCCCUCCUACUCACUUUAACUAGCCCCUUUCUCUGCCCCUCCCCCAAAUACCCUGUAACUGGCCCCUCUCCUACUCCCCUUAGCAAGCCCCUCCGUCUCCCCCCCACUUCUCACCCCUCCUAAUGCUGCUUUGACUCCCACCCUGCAGAGCAGGAGUGUGGUGUGAGAUGCUCCCUGGCUCUGUCUGAGGCACUCUGGGUCCCGUGGUGCCAGGCUGGCUGUGGGAAGGUGUUCUCCUGGGGUAGGCUGUUAAAGGCAGACCCUAGUGAGGAAUCUGUUCCCAUUUGACACUUAUCAUGCUGCAAUGCUCAAGGGCCCCAUUCUGGGCUGUGUUUGACCCAGUCUCUAGGUCCCAGGGCUCAGUACGCUGGGAAGGGAGUCAAGCUACGAGGAGUACAGGGCCUUGUUUGACAGAAACUGUGCUGGGAUGGAACAAAUGAGAGUCACCCUGGUCUAGGUGCCUGUAUUACGUUCCCUCAGGGCUAAAACUUCUCUGGGCCAUGUGAUCAGAAUGAAUCCUCUCCCGGCUUGUAUAGCAUUCUGCCAUGGCCCCUGCAGGGGACAGGAACAGCCUCUCUGAGCAGCUCCAGGUUCCUUUCACUCCACUGAUGCUCCCCUCCCACUUCCUCAGCCCAGUCCCAGCCCUUCAGAUGUGGACGCUUCUCAGAAACAGCUACGUCCGAGCCUUCACCCAGAUUCUCCAUGUCUUGAGGGCUGGGGCUAAUUCUGAACAGAAUGGAGCUGUUUGCAGCUGCUGCUAUCUUUGAUAGGGAGAUGCUGAUCGCAGAGUCUGUGGAGCUCUGUGUUAUGGACCAGGAUGUAGGUGGUCUGGCCUAGUGGUCAGAGCAGGAGUUAGGACUAGUGGGUGGAGCAGGUAUCCAGUUUGGGGAAAUGAGACGAGUCAGCACCAGAGUCAAUGGCCAGUUACCAGAGUCAGGAAUCGAAGCUGAGAGUCAAAGCCAAGGUCAGAUUCCAAAUGCCAGAGCCAAGGGUCAAGCCAGUCAGAAGUCAGAGGCCAGGGAAGGAGCCAAUACUGUUAACUGAUGAUUGGAGGUGAGGCACAAGGGUAGGAACUGGAGGAGAGGCAAGGAUCAAGCACAGAGCAGGACCACGGUGGGAAUGGGAGCGAAGGCAGCCAUGAGGCAGGAACGGAGCCGGAAUAGGGUUGGGUGCAGGAGGCAGGCACAAGUAAGGGCCAAUGCAGCCACAACAGGAAAUCGCCUUGCUGCUCAGACAAACUUCCUGUUCCUCCUCCUGCCUUAAAUAGCAUGGUUGGACC